CUCUGGUGGGCCAGCCUCAGCAGAUAAAUCACUUUUUUUCUGGGAUUAUUUCGGAAACUUUUACACUCGUACAUCCGCUGCGAAUUUCAGUUCCGGAGAUGAUGUUUGACGAAGUGUGUGCUUCAAAAAUUUUUGAACAUCGAUUGAUUUACAAGUAACAAAAUCCAGCACCUGCCAGCAACAUGUCGAUGUUGAAGAUGACGAUUCAGCAGAUCCUGUUGCUUCUGCUUCAACAGGGGUGGUUGCUUGUUGUUGGUCCCCCGAUGGUUCUUGUCGCAGCACAACAGCUCGACUUCAUGGCACCCCGAGACCGUCAGCGCGCUUACCACCAGGCCCGAGCGCGGAUGAAGCGCGCGGAAAAAGAGGAACGGCGCCGUCUCGCACGAGAACGCGCGGCGCAGAACGGGGAAGACUACGUGGAAGAAGAGGAGCCGGGUCCUGCUUUCCCAAUGCUGACUUCCUUCUUGGACUCGCUUCUGCAACCACCCCACCUGCAGAUACUAGAUGACGAUAUGGCAGGGAAAAUAAAAAAAAGCGUAAGGUCACAGCUUGCUUCAUCUUCAAAAGCACCAGAUGAACACGUCUGCUUCUCGUCAGGCAACAAGUUAGUAGAAGCGUGCAGGCAACAACGCACAUAUUAUCAUCUGGUGUUGGGCGGGCUGACGAGCACAGCAGGUACAAGUACAUCCUCCUCUGACUACUAAGAAGGAUUUAUUUUGUAUCUCCGACAAUUGUUCCGGUUGUUUCGUGAUGGAGUUGGUGUUUAUACCACAAAGAAUAAAAUUACCUGAGCCCCCUGCAUUUGAGUAUGGAGAUUUAGAUGAGAAGAUGACAACGCACCUUGCUCUCAUGAUUUAUUUUCCUGGGCAUAAACGACGAGGAUGGCGACUCUCUGUUACAGCGCGCUGCGGAGGUAGACAACAACGGCGAACUGAUCGCCUCUGUAAGCGGUCGCGCCGCCAAGAAAGGAGCGGACACUGAUGUGACCAGCAGCAACGCUGAGAACGACGCGGCUGACCGCGAGAGAGGCCGCCCAGGAGCUUCACGGGCCACGCACCACGGUCGUUCGCGCGGGAAGCCGGUGGAGGCGCCGAGCGCCUUUGCCGACAUCAACGGAAGACAAGACGACCACGUGGCGAACGUCGGCGGAAAAGCACAGAGAGCCACGACCAGGACUGCCGCGCCGAGGACAAAUGACGGGCCGGCGGCGAAGACCAGCGGUGGUCACGCAGGACGUGCAGGACAGGCCUCGUUCUCUGCAGAGCAAUCCGGGCCCGCCGGUCGAAAAAGUAGCGAACAAGUCGGCGAAGAACAGAAGAACGAGAGCCCGCUGGCAAAGUUUCGCCGUAUGGCGCAAUCGCUGCUACAAGCAGAUGAAACUGCAUCACACGACCUGGCCGGCGCAUCUUCGCGCGACCAGCAUCGAACCUCCACGAGGCGCCACAAAAAUCAUGACAAAGUGAUUAAUGCGACAUCCACCUCCGCGCCCGCCCCUGGCUCGGCGGAUUCGUUUCCUACUAGUAGCGACGGGUUUGGUAGCGCUGGGGAACUGGGGGCGUCGCCGCCCCGUGCGAAUAACCGAGCAGAAGGAAAGAUGUUGCAAACUCGAGCUUCUUCGUCGUCUGGGUCUACUUCGCGGCGUGGUGCACGCAACCAACGAACACGACGCGACGUUAUGACUGGAGAAGUGCACCACGGCUCCGUGGCAGAAGGGAAAGCAAAAGCUUCGCACCGGCUUCCGCCUCCGUCGAAGAUCAAGGCGUGGUCCUUUCUGGGACGACGAUUCGGAAGAGACAAGGCCAAGUCACGGGAGGCUAGGACGACAGACACUACUGUUACUGCUCCAUCUGAAAGCGACGCCGCGGUCGUGGUUAUGAUUGACAUUGACGAGAAUAUGAUCGGUGAGGACUUGAUGGCAGAAUAUGUGGAGAUCUCAAAGAAAAUUAUGCAGAUCGCAAUUUCUCAUCUCACACCCGUGAACCUUUUGGGUGACCCGCUUGAUGAUGGGGGCGCUCUAGCAGGUACUAUCUCCGGCUCCACGCAUACCCCAACACCCGCCCCGUCGAACGUCGACAAGGUGAUGAACGGAUUGGAUAGACUGACCAGCGGAGGGGUCCUGAUGGGCCAGUCAAUCUUCCGGUUGCUUCAUCAGAACAACCUAGAGCUAGAAUUGCCGAGCGUGCACGAGAUCGAGGAGCUGAAGCCAACAGUUAGAGCGGUUCUUUCUCUGCAGGCAGCUCCUGGUGCAGGUCAAGAUUCUUACCCGUGCGAACGUUUGAUCAAAUGGCGAGCCACAGCCUCACCUGAAGACACAGAUGAUCUCCCAACGGCGUUCGCUGUAUUUGCGGUCAAGAGAAUUAAGAAAUUCAUUUCUCCUGGUGCUGACAAGAUUCCACUACUGGUUGCGGUUGCGGACAGGAGUAAAACAUUUGACGACCUAAAAGUAGAAGAAAAGCAAGCAAUAGGGCACGCGUUCGAAGAAGCAUGCACGGCAAAGAUUCACUCGAUAGUAAGCGAGGUCGAGGGGAGCGUGCCGCCGCCGGAGGACGUUGAGAUAAACUUGAAGCAAGUGCAGUCGCAGCUGCGUAUGAAACGCGACCUGUUUUGGUUUUGCAGUCCCCUCCAACAUGAACAUGACCCGACCACAGGGGCGAGUACUCGCGUCCGCGACACCGAGGACUACGACGCGCUGCUCUACCGCAGCAUCAGCCGGAACAGUUGGAGAAACUUUUUGGAUGCUGUCAAAAACAACAAUGUUCUUGCUUUGGAGAACACCGAGGCGGAGGACACUUAUUCCAUAUCCACUGCAAAAAACCGAACAACUUCCCAGCUGCGCCAGUGAUACCGUACAACUUGAAUUUGUCAUAAGAGUUGGACCUCUACUUGUUUCAUUGGCACGACCAGAAACAUCAUCAUGAUCAUUCUGCCAAUAUUGAGGAUGAAUGUUGGGAUGUUGAUAUCGAUCAAAAAUCACGCCCACUCUAUAAUUGAACCGCUUCGACGAAGAUGACGGUGAUUGAUUCACCAAUUCUCGCUGCGGUGAUGCGCAGGCAGCUACUAGUGCGAAGCCGAAGCAGUUACCACUAAAUCUAGAACGUAGUACAAAUUCCAAUUUAUUGCAGCGCCAGGUAACAAAAAAAAGUCUCGUACAUCAAAGCGCUGGAAUAAAAAAACUUACUGUCCUUCUUGCAUGUGUGCCUGUGGUCGUGCGUGGAGGUUUUUUUUACGAAUUAAUAUGAUUUACAACUGUAGUAGAGGUAGAAAUAAAUUGUUUUUCCGAUGUCUGUGUGGCUGGGAAGGUGAAGGUGUUGUGUCACGGGAUAAGCUGCGGAUGCCGACGCCCUGCUGCCACUGUUCCAGACGGAGCCCUGCCGAACCGGGAAGGAGUCCAACGAGGAGGUUCUGAAAAACACAAAGGUCAAAUCAGAAAACGUGAAGAACUUUUUGAUGUACAUGAUGACCACCCUGAAGCAGCACAUGGCACAAGAACCAACACCGCGGUCCUCUCCCAUCCACGCCGAUAUCUGCCAAAAUCGGAUCGGUUGGUGGACGCCGUUUGCUGACCCGGCGAUGCUUGUUCGUGACUAUAAAACGGCCAAGGAUGAUCCCCUCAGUCAUCGCCGCGCGCAUGACAUGUUUCAAAAGUACCACAGGAGUGUCGCGCUACUCGUGGACCAGGCACUCGCUGCCUUGGCCGACGUGGACGAGAUUCGGCAGUCGGCCGCCGAAGCCGAACUACAGGCGUGGACCAAAUUCGCGCUGAAGGCGUUUACGUCUCCCGUGCUCAACUCUAACCAGAUCCCCGGAUACGAGGACUCGCAAGAUGCUACACCGGCCACGUCGUUCACCGAAGCAGGCAGAAGAGACAAGUCUGGUGCUCAUCGGCAUGAAAGGACUGGAGCUGGACAGGAGGAGCAUCUGAAUUCGGAGGCCGCGGGCGCAGGCUCUGGUGGAGAAACGCUCCCAACAGUCUCAGCAGGCAUGACGAAGCUACUGGGCAAGAAGAACGUCUGCACCCAUCAUCUUGAUGAACAUCAACAUUGCACCCCGCAAGAUAAAACCUACUUCGAUGCUGCGUUUAUUGGGUGUUUCCAAGAUCAAAAAAGCGAAGUCCAGACAAGCGUUUUGUUUCACCCCGAGGAGCCAGGAGAAAAGUUUUCGGUGCAAAAGUGUGCGUAUCAGUGCGGGCACUUUCGGUACUUUGGUAUUCGCAACGGCCACGAGUGCUUUUGUCACGACGACCACUGGACUUUCGCUGACAAACUUGGGGUGUUGACUGACGACUCCUGUUCGCAUCCGUGCGCGGCGGGUUCCUGGGGACAAGGAAAGAAGUUGUUUUGUGGGGGUGGUGGUGACAAACUCUCGAUGUACACACGCGAUCUGGUGCGGCCGACUUUUUGGCAGUGUGAACGGGUGGAAAAGCGCAACCGCAAUUACUACGAGGCUUAUAGCCCCCCGACGCCAGCGGCAGCAGACUCUCAACAAGCUACUACGGAAAGUACAAACGAAGAAGAGUUCUUGAUGAAGGAAAUGACGACUUGCAUCCUGAAUGGCGACUGUUGGGAUACUCCUCUUCGCGCCUGCUACACUAUCGGGCAAGGGGGAGGUCUGUUCAGCACCGAAAAAGCAGUGCCUGAAUCGUGGGAGGUCGUUUCACCACGAGCGAAUAAAUUGAAAUGGUUUCAGGAGGAAGUCUCCAACGAGCAUACAACUGUAGAUGACCCCGCAAACGUGGUCACAAGAGUUGUUCUUGAUGCUGUUGAAAAGUGGGCAAAAUUCGGGAAGUGCGAGAGCAGCUCCGUGGUCGACGACCCCCCCGUUUUGAAUUUUCCCGGGCGGGAAGGCAAAGCCCCCGAAGCUUUGCAUGCUAACUACGACGAGGAAGACAAACAAGAUCGACGGAUGAACGCCGCUGACUGCGCCCGGCUGGCGGAAGAUGACGGCACCUACAAUUACUUUGCGGUGCAUCCGGCAAGUGGUUGCUGCCUCUUCUUUUCGUUUGAGAAACCCCCUCGCGAAAUCGAUGAUGAGAAAGCGAAAAACCAUUGGGCUGCGACCUGGACGCUGUACCAGCACAUCGAAGGCAGCGCGCUUGCGGCGCGCAACCACGACAGCGCGCGCUUCGCCUUGAGGGGCUUGCAAGCUCGCAUGUCCGACCGGGUGCAAUGGCGCAAGUACAUCGGGUGCUUUAAGGACAAAAAUGGGGACGAACGCGCCAUGGAAAAGCCUAUUGGCAGAAAGUAUACCAUAGACGAGUGUGGUACAGCGUGCAAGGGGUACCGCUACUUCGCGAUUCAGGACCACAAUGAGUGUUGGUGUAGUGACCGACAGCGGAAGGCUGGGUUUGGAAAGCAUGGACACGCAGAAGAGAAAGAGUGCCAAAAGGAGUGCCACGAAAACCAUUUCGAUGUGAACAUUUGCGGAGGCGGCUGGCACAACUCGGUGUUUGAACACAUGUACACGGAGCGACAGGAGUACGACAUGAGCGCGGUCUCGACGGGCGGCUUGGCGCCCUCGCUUUCGGCGGUCGGGUAUCUCCCGGUGGCAGAGCAGACGCGGCGGGCAUUGGAGCUCUCCAUGGUUGACCGAGAAAACGACUUCGAGUACGUCGGCUGCUACGAGGCGCUGCGCGGAAACGAGGGACUGACAGAGGGGCACGCAGAUCGCUCCGUCUACGAGUGCGCGGACCAUUGCGGCCGCGAGGACAGAAUGUAUGAGUAUUUUUCGAUCGAUGCAUCAAAAGAAUGCAUUUGCCAUCAGAAGCACGGCAUCGGGACCACGUCUUCGACGAUCUCGCAGAUGUAUGACGCCGAAGACCGAGUUUCAGACCAAAAGUGCUGGGGCAACUGCAAAUUCGGCGACGCUAGCACGGAGCACCACAAUGACAGACCGGUCUCGCCCAACCAGAACCCACCACCCCUCGUGAAUCGCAAGCGUGUGGUCGGUUUCGGGCACUGCGGCGGCCAAACUGGCAGCCCCCACUCCGGCACUCAAAGGAAAUUUCACGCCCUGUAUCGAUUUUACUCCGCCGAGGAGGCCGGCGGUGGUGCAGCUGCCACAGCUCAUCUGCCUCAAGGUGCCGGGGAGUUGUCGGCGGAGAAGACGCCCGAGAUCUGUCUCGACACCGGUUGGUCCGGUGCUGCUGAGGAGGUGCAGCGCCUCCAAGGACCAGCCGGGGAGGAGGCGGGGGCGCAAGAAGCAGGGCAGCAAAGACCAGAGCUGUCAAAGGUGUACGUGACGAAUCUGGACACAGCGGUCCAGGCACUGCUGGUAAGUCCCCUGUUCGACAAGAAUACGGAGCAGCUGCGCCAGCACCGUAGCAUCAUCGGGCGUCGGGAAGUACUGCUGCACCAAGUGUUUGUUCUGCGGCUCGCUGCCUUCCGCCUCUUGGAGCUGAUCAAAUGGUUCGGAUUCCAGCUUCUCGCGGACGGCGAGGAGAGCCCCGCCUACUUCAAAACCGCACUGGACCUUGCGGAGCAGCGCGUAGCGGAGGUCUUGGAGCUAUCCUGCGCAAGGAUUCUUUGUCUUUGACUUUGCAUACUGCAGCCGUAAGAGCAUUUACACAUGUCAUUUAUUUGCUUUAGUCAUUCAAACGAAACGGCGGGUGCUGCUACUGAUAUAUUAGAACGCUUUAUAGAAUAGCAAUAGGGAAUAGGGAGAGAUAGGGAGAGUAGGGAGAGUCCCCCUAAAAGGGGGCAGCAAAAACAAAACCAAACUGAUCGCAAACAGCACGGCGCGGCCGCGACAACAUCUUUCGAAAUCUGGGGCGGAAAUGCUUCCGAGUACCCCCCUCCUCGGCGGCUCCUCCCGGGGUCGGGGAGGCGCGGAACCUUCCCUGAGGGGCUUUAUCCUCUUGCGGGCCCGUAGGGCUUAGGUCUUGCUCGUCAGCUGGCGAAGGCGGAGAGGUAGAGUGGCCAUUUCAAAUUUCCUUCGAUGAGGGAAAGUUGAAGUGGCCAUUUCAAAUUUCCCUCGGUGAGGGAAAGUGGAAGUGGGCAUAUUCGAUUUUCCUUCGAUGAGGGAAAGUUGAAGUGGCCACUUCAAAUUUCCUUCGAUGAUUCAACGGGCGCGCGGUUCUCGUUUGCCUUCGAAUCGAUGCAACGCCAUUGGGUGCGUAUGGGGUGAGUGAAUGCGCGCGCGCAGCGCGCGCGCGAAUUUUUUUUGGUUCUACGGCUUAAGUACCAAAAGGGAGCAUACCAUCGCGAUUCAAGGGGAAUUAGGUUUACCACGGCUCUCCCUAUUGACCUAUUCUCCCUAUUCCGCUCUCCCUAUUCCCUCGAUUCACUACAGUCAUAUAUAAUAUAUGAUCGUGUGAGAGUACUUGAGAUCUCCGUGGUGCAUGCAAGAAUUGGACGGGCACGUAUCACCAUGAAGUAGCACCUAGGAGCAAGGACGAGCAUGACGAGCAGAUAAAAGUCUUCCUGUGGUCAGCGGUGGCAGCCUGGACCACGAAGUGUCGUGAAGCGAAUUAAAUUCUGUCACUCCAGUACGCUGACUAUCAUCUGGUAACCAAAUGCGUAGAAAGCAAACAUAUGAUAUGGGAAAACUGGAACUUCAUCGGCGUUGUUGCGCUCUGGUGCAUUUCAAUAUGAUAUAGUCAUUUUAUCAAAAAGGCAGUGAAGCUUCACGAAGGCAAUGUGAAUUUUUUUGCACAGGAUAGCACCGGGACUUUUUUCAAGCACCGGCUCUAGAUUUCGACGAGAAGGACCACUCCGGCGAAGCGCGCGCAGACACGGAGGACUACGCCAGCGAUCAGCAGGUUUGCAGCGGGAAAAAACUGCAAAGCGACUUGUCGGGCGAGAUGGACUUUGCAGAAAGAAAAAUCGGAGAGCUGCCGUCCUUGCAAUACGGCUCACCCGGACCAUCCGCGGCGAUGGCCACGAGCAGUUUCACCGAAAGAACGGGGCGACGUGCGCACUCCACCAGGGAACGGGAAGAUUUCUCAGCGCUGGAGCACAAUCUUGCGCGGGGGCAGAGAGCAGCGCAAUCGACGAGCAGUACUAGUAGUGGAGAUGGUGCAGGGCAAAACGGUGACAUGGACCAGCUCGAGGUGGAGGCGAUGCAGCAGCUGCAGGAGAUCCGAAAAGACAACGCCGAGGAGCGGUUUCAAACGCUGGAGGGGGAGUGGCUACAGUUGCUCCAGGUGUUCCGGGAUCAAGAGGACGAGUUGCUCGAGCUGUAUCUAAAAACCGUGGCGCGCCUGACACAGCCCGUGUUGGUCUCGGAGGACAUCGUGGAUCUGUCUCGCGUGACGGGGCAGUUGCUGAGCGAGGCCCUCGCUGUGGGCGUGCACCUGGAGAAAUUCGCGCGAGCGGGGCGUGCGGCGGAGCAGGUGCCCAAGCACAUGCUGCUGCCCACGGAACUGUACGCAGAUCUGGAGAAGGAGGAGCUCGAUGCCGCGCACCUCAAAGAUUUACUUACCAAACUCCAGAUCUCCGACGUGGCGCCGCUGUGGCAGCCGUACUCCGACCUCGCGCGCCAAGAAUUUACAAACACCCUAUGCAGCCGCUGCACCCAGCUGCACAUUAAGCACGAGACGAGCUGCGAUAAGGCUGCUGUCUUCCCCGGCGGUGCUGAUCCCAGCAUUUCCCAGGACGUGGUAGAGGCCGAGCACGGUGAAAUUUCUUCUGAUACUCCGCGUACGCACGUGCUGUGGAGGCACGAAUCAGUUUGCUCAGACGCCAAGGCCUGGGAUUACUACGGCCUAUUUUCUACAUCCGUGAAAAGUGUAAGCGAGAUACAAUAUGGUGUGCGAUACAAGUGCGGGAUCAAUGGCGACCACAUUACGGUAAAUCAACCUGACCUACGCACCCCUCAAAUGGUGACGCACAUUGGCGUGGAUCGAAAACUACAUGAAGGCACCGACACCAUGGAAAUCAAGUACUAUCAUUGCGGUGACCAGGCACGCCUCGGACAGAGCGUCGCGACGACGCAGGCGUUUGCCCUUACCAGUGGCGCCGGCGGUGGCAUCCAGAAAGGCUGCGUCCGACAGACAAAUAUGAAGCACUCCGGCUACGAAAACCACGGCGUGGGUUCGCGAUUCGUCCAGGACGUGCGCACCUACGAAGAGUGCCUGAAUCUGUGCGUCGAGUUAUGCAAUACAACGCAAUUCCAAUUUUUUAUGCCCGUUGCGCCCAAAAUAAAUGUAUGAUUGAAAUUGAAAACGUGUAUUUGAUUUUCAUGAAUUUCAUGAUUAGAUUGUAAGCAGACGUGCAUCUUUCUGCUGCAACUGCAUCGUAUGGAGGGGCUUGGCUUGUAUUUCUUGCGAAGUAGCACGUGCACUUGCUCUUGCAAAGCUUGCGCCUGUUUGCGGGCCAUGCUGAUCUUCAUCAGAGAAUAUUAGAAUCACCUGUAUUCCAAUACUUUUAUUUGAACCGCCUCGGUAAUGCUAAUGCUAUGUCUCUUAUCCGGCGGAUCGGCAUCAAAGUUAUUCCUCGACUUCUGGUUUUGUCGGACAUUGACAUUGAUUUGAGUAUCAUGUCUUGUGAACACAACUUUUGCAUGGUUCUGCCCUGCUCGUGCUGAGCCUCGUCUUCUUGUGUGUAAUCUUUCUCGUCCUGGUCUGCCUCACCUGCAAUUCGAAACAGUAACAGUGGAGGAACUUUCUUGGGUCUUCAGCGUGGGCAAAUAAAAAGUUUGAAUGCAUAAGAGACCGAGGCCUGUAACGGGUUCACCUUCGCACGGACCAAGAUUGUGCACGACGCCAAUCCCCUCAGUGUUGCUGUGAGCCGGACCGCGGCCGAAAAAUUUUGCACGCGGAUCGAAAACGUGGAGUACGUAGGCACGGAUGUGCACGGGAACAUGGAUGGGCUAGUCACUUUCGAACAGUGUUGGGCGGCUUGUAAAGCCCACGACAAGUGCGUAGGCUUUGUGUACGGAAAACACGUCCCGGACGAUGCGACCGUGUUGACAUCAAACUGUAUCCUCAAGUCGGACAUGGGUGAUCCCGAUCCCGAUUUUCAAUACCACAUAUACGAUUUCGAUUCUGUGUUCUUGAAGCGGGAAGAUGGCUCGAUCUGUGACGCGCCACCUGUACCUACAUGCCGGCGCUUGGAAGAUGUAACGUACUUAGCAGGGGAGUUCAAGGACUUUAAAAGUCCGGAAGAACCGACGGGCAAGCUCACCUUUGAGGAAUGUUGGACGGCCUGCGCAAACAACUCGGACUGCAAGGGCUUUACCCACAGGAAAGACGGCACCGCUACUGCCGGCAACGAUGAGAGCUGUGCCCUUUUCCUCACGGACGAAGCGGUGGCGACUGAGAAGGCCAGGAAGGACAAUUGUUGUGACUCGGUGGUGUUGGACCGCGUGGCGGGAGGAGGUCUUGUGGAACAAGAUGAAGAGACCUGCUUUCCGCCAGUCCCCGUGACACGCCAUGUGCUGCCCUGGUCGCGCGACGUUACCGAUACCUGCGUCCGUUUGAAGAACAUAAAAUUUCCAGUCGACGGUACCGGCGUAUUCGCAGUCGUAGCGGACCUGCCGUUUGAGAAGUGCUGGCUGUUGUGCUUGCAAGAAACCGACUGCAAAGGUUUCACGUACAACAAGAAUGCGGCACAGAAAGAAGAUGCAGCAGCAGCAAACGACCCCAACUGCUUUUUGAGAUCAACAAUGAAUCCGGAGACUGCUACCAUCAGCGAGCCCUCUUUUGACUCCGUCGUGAUGGAGCGGGAGAGCGAACAACAAGAAAGUAGCUUCGAAUCUUGCAAGGAAAAAGUGAAAAGAGAGCAGGCGGAAUGCGGACGCUUGAAGAGGCAGAAGGUCCGCUUGAUGCGUCCAGAUCCGUCGCAAAGGCAAACAGAGACGAAAGCGGUCACGGCAGACACAUUCCAAGACUGCUACACUCAGUGCUUUGAUAGUCCUGAUUGCAGAGGGUUUUACUUCGAAAAGGCAGCCACCGGGAACAAUAUUAAUUGUCAUCUCCAGAAUAGACAAGAAAACGCGGUGAGCUCUCUCACGGUCGAGGUGGAAUACAAUUUGCAUUGGGACUCGGCGAUCCUCAUAGACAAGACGGAAGACGCUUGCAAAAGUAGCGUGAAGCGGAAAGUUGGAAAAAACAGAGGCGGCGCGCCAAGACCGCCGGACGAGUUUCUCCCAACCUGCUUCAUUCACGACCAGCCGAAUUUUUUUGCGUUGAAGCCGAACCAUGGUACCGACGCCGUUGAAAUGACCCCCGAAUGCCGCCGCUCGAAACAAACGCAGUGCGAGGGAUGUGGUAAUCGUCCCAACGAGUGCUGGGGCACCUGUGGCGGAGGGGGCGAUUACGCACCAGGUUGGUGCAACAAAUGCGAUUCCAACGACGGCACUCGUUCGGGUGCCUGCUGCCGAGCUUUUCGAGACACGGACCUCGCAGACAACAAAAUGCAGCCGCCGGAAUGUCGCCAGGAAUACAACCCCCUUUUGCAGACCCAGUUUAAACCCCAUGCACGGGACUACGACCAAUGCGUGCUACCACACAUACGCAACUUCGGGUACACAAGUUUGGGUCGGGGAUGGUGUCAGUGUGGCGGUCAAACGUGCGCCGGCGAAAAGCAAUUUUUGCUGGCGAGAAGCGGCAACACACGGAAAUCUUGCAGUGAAUUGUGCAACAACGACGGAAGGUGCAAGGCCUUUGUACAAACAACCAGCAGCGAGGGCACGGAGGUCGAGAUGGACCGCUGCACACUAUUUCGGCCCGAGAACAACGCGGACGUCGACGGAGUUGCGGAGGAGAAGGAGCCACCAGCUGCGAAAGCCGCCCCCUCUACGGCCUCUCCUUCUUCUUUUCUUGAGGACUAUCACUGCAUGCGCAAGAUUGAAGUGGGCAGUGACAUCGGGCCUCCGAAGUUGCCAGAGUUGGUCACGGGCGAAAAAAACCAACCUUCUAACCAGUAUCGCGUAGCUCUGCUGGGGGAGAAGUGUCACGGCCGCGCGUGCGCCAAGCUACAGGAAUCGAAGUGCGACGGAUGCUUCCAGACUGCCGACAGUAGUGCUACAAUCACGGUCACUGUCAGUCUCGCAGAUGGCUCUUCACGCGAGGAGCAAUGGGACUGGACCUGGCGCCACGACGGGGACUGUUUCGUAACCUGCGGCGACAAAACUGGCUGGUGCAACAAGUGUGAUUCGCGAGACGGUACUCGCUCCGGUGCGUGCUGUAACGUGUCGAAAGUAGGACACACGUCCGAAGCUUGCACACACACGAGUUGGCCAAAUGAUUUUCCCCUGCGCUUCAAGGGGACAAGAACUAAUACAACUGAAGCAGCUAGUGGAACGGCCGGCCCCGAAACGUCACUGGUGCGAAGCGACUUCAUCGGCGAUUCUGUAGUACCAGAAGAAAUUGCAAAGCACGCGGAGUGCGUGUUUCCCGGGGCACAAGUUGGCCGCUCAGUUAAGCUACACGAGUCCAAGUGUGACGGCUGCAUUGCCGAGACAUUCGGAAAAGUAUCGACCGCUGAAGACAACGCGGUGCCGGGAGACGAAACGUGGUUCUGGCGCCACCAAAACGACUGCUUCGUGACCUGCGACAGACAAACGGGCUGGUGCGACAAGUGCGAUUCGUUUGACGGGCAGCGCAAGGGGGCCUGUUGUCACCCGUCGGGAGCACAGGGCAACGGGGUCGGGUGCCCAACGGGGUCGGUCGAUGCUAACAGCGCUUUAUUUCCGAUGCGGUACGACCUCGCAAUACACAAGAAGGGUGGAGCUGCCGGUGGGACGCAACACGACGAAACGAUCCUCCAGGGAGAUGCUAUUUUGGGCUUGCCUGUCGCUCAUAGAGAUGCUCUGCUGAAGCAUGUCGGCCACGAGUGUAUGUUCCCGCAAGAUGAUGCUCAGUCUACUGAUGCACCUGAGUCAUCUGAACAUGUUGCUCCGUGGUAUUCUCCGGAGUACGUUUCGCAAGCAGACCCUGGUUGGUGCAACUGCGAAAAAAGUGACGGAUCGAAAGAGGCUUGCUCGAGCAGCCAGUUUGUUCCCUACAGCCACGACGCGACCGUUGAUUCAACUCCCUUUGGCUCCUUCUGGUUUUGCGCCGACCUCUGCAGCGCGGACUUGCAUUGUACCGCAUACAUGCUGAUGCGCGAAACGGAUCCUACAGGCGCCAAUGCUCUUGCCGAUUCCAACUGCAUUCUGUUUCGGAAGGAGGCGCCGGAAGACGACACGAAGGAGAAGAACGCUCACUUGAAAGACGCCUGGCAGAAAGAUCUUGCUCCAGCUGGCUUCGAGACCCGUUGUUAUCACAAACAACCGACAACGUGCGCAAGCUUCAAAUCGCCAUCGGUCUGUAACUCCGACGGGGUUUAUCUCAAUGCGAACACUGCCAACACCCCGUACAGCAGAUGAUCCCAAGACUGUUGCAAAAAAUGCAAACUCAAAAAAUAACCUCAACACUCACAAAGAGAGCUCGCACACUUUUCACUACAACUAACUUGGCUGGCAGGUAGGUUUCAAGUUUCUUCGCGCUCAGACGAUGACGAUAGGUGGAGGUUUACUAUUUUCAAAUGCGCUAGUAAUGCAAGAAAAAGUAUGCAUUUUUUUUUUCAUGUCUUGAUGAACAGUUGUACAGCACAUGGUCACGACUUAGGCAAUGUCGAGUCGGUUUUUGGGGGUCAUUUGCAUUUGGGAUGCUGUCGGUGUUUUUCGUUCUGACUUCGGGACAGCGAGGUUCGGUCUUGCACGUCGUUGUGUUUGGACAAGCAUCGAAAACCCGAACGAGAAAGCGAUGGUAGAGACGUGCUUUGAUUGCGACGAGAAAAGCGUGAUCCUCCCAGGAGAUGCGACGGAGGCAACCGAAUGGCAGGUCCGUCAAUGCGAAUUUGCGAGCGGUUUGAAAUGCCGGAUGGACAAAAGCACUGGGCACUGCCUCCCGGUAGUUAGCCCUGCAGUUUCCGCCCACGGCGCUGGAGGAGGAGGUGCCGGCGAAACUACAAUGCAGUCCUCCUCGGUUCACCAAGCGCAAGCUCGUCCCGAGCUUGGUGCUACGUCAGUAAGUGCUGGCAAGCAGGAGAAGGAGAACACAAAUCACGCUCCUGCCACUUCUUCUCCAGAAGACCCGAGCUGUCCGUCCUGUCCUACGUGACCUUCCUCAACAUCGCACCAGCUGGAUGAUUGAUUUGACUCAACUUUCCCACUACACCGAACUUGCCCUCAUCCGUAAGAGUGGCAAUAACUACAUGAACAUCAAAGAUUAAGAUAUAAUAUUAAAUCUUUACCUCUGUUUUUGAUUUUCAAUUUUACAGCUUAUCUUUAUACACAACUAAGAAACCGCCCCUGAGCAUUUUUCUGCCUUUAUUUUACACUGUUUUUUACAUGUACACUAGACUUUGAGCUUCUCUAUUUUGAACAGUGUGAGAAGUACAAGAAAAAAGAAAUUUGUUUCAAUAAAUAUCCAUGCCAAAAUCUGUCAUCAUUGCCUCUUUUCGAAAUUUUCGUUUAUAUUGAUUUUAGACACAGGUAAUUCUAAUUGCACGAAAGUUUUCUCGGCAGUAUGAUCUUUCGCGAGUUGUAUAACUAACAGUUUGCUUUUGUAAAAUAGCUUUGCAGUGACAAUAUGCAUUUUGAACCAGGAUUGUGACAGAGGGGAAGCCACCCACCUCCUCCAGGCUCUCGUUCACUUUUAUUUACGUUCGAUGUUGACUGAUAAGUAACUAUCAGGUAGUUGAAAAUUCUAAAUCGUCCCAUCUUUGAUCUUAUUACGCAUCCCGUCCUUGUUUCAGGCUGAUCAAGGUCAAAGAUAGAAUGUGUGUGGG